GGGGCUGGCGGGGCCCGGGGGGCGGGCCGCGCGCUGCCGGCACACAGCGGCUGCCCGCGAGCGCUCCCAGCGCCCCCCGCGCCUCUCAUUUGCAUGCCCUCACCUUUGCGCCCGGCAGCGGCCAAUCAGCGGGCGCGGCGGCGGCGGCGAGAUCCGCUCACCUGCUGCGGCCGCGCCCGCCCGCCCGCUGAUUGACAGGCAAGGGGCGGGGCGGCGGCCUCCUGCUGCGCGGUUCCCGGCGGCGGCGGCGGCGGCGGCUCCGCGGCGGCGGCGGCUCCCCGGCGGCAGCGGCGCGAUGGUGUGCGGGGGCUUCGCUUGCUCCAAGAACUGCCUCUGCGCGCUCAACCUGCUCUACACGCUGGUAAGCCUGCUACUGAUUGGAAUUGCGGCAUGGGGAAUCGGCUUUGGCCUCAUCUCUAGUUUCAGAGUUGUUGGAGUGGCAAUUGCAGUAGGAAUCUUCCUCUUCUUUAUUGCCUUAGUGGGAUUGAUUGGUGCCGUAAAACAUCAUCAAGUAUUGCUAUUCUUUUACAUGAUUAUUCUUUUGCUAGUCUUUAUUGUCCAGUUUUCUGUUUCCUGUGCCUGUUUGGCGCUAAACAAGGAACAGCAGAGUCAACUUCUAGAGGUGGGAUGGAAUAACACUAACAGCGCGAGAACAGAUAUUGAGAGAAAUCUGAAUUGUUGUGGAUUCAGGGUUUUUGAUCCGAAUGAAACCUGCUCCUCUGAUUGCUUUAGAACUCACCAGUGUCAACCAUGUGCACCGAUAAUAGAAGAAUAUUCUGGAAUGGUGCUGAGAUUUGUUGGAGGCAUAGGACUCUUCUUCAGUUUCACAGAGAUUCUGGGAGUCUGGCUGACAUACAGAUACAGGAACCAAAAGGAUCCCCGUGCAAACCCUAGUGCAUUUCUUUGAGGUUUAUAAAGGACUGAAUCUUCUCUCUGUACUUUCUACUUCAAAAUACUGAUUCUCUGUAGUUUGGUAUUUCUCCAUAGUAUGGAUUCUACAUGUACCCAAAGGAAACCUUUUAUUUCCAUAAGAAAUUUGUAGUUUUCAUAUUUAAUUUUCCACUAUUUUUCUUCUAAGAAUCUCUAUCUUGAAGUAGACUGGUGUAUUCAGUAGCUGGGCAGAGUCAAAUUGCUGCUCUGAGCAGGUUAAAUAGCUCUGUUAAGACUUUGGUGUGAUUGAUCUGGUGAGCUCUAUAAAGUGAGUUUUAUAGCACUACUGGCUUCUCUGGUGUCCCAAAAACCCCAGAAGUGUUUUAUGCUGUAUUUAUUGAUUACAAAAAUUCACAUGAUUUCUCAUUAAAAUGAUAAAAAUAUGUGGUGGGUGGUUGGACUGUAUGAACUGAUUAGGCUUUAGGAUGAACCAUAGUCAACUUUUUUGUCUACCACUUUCCUGUUAAGGUAAAAAUAGAAGCUAAAGAUGUUAUUUUCUGUAGUGCACGUAAGUGUAUGUUAAUGACUACUGUAGUCUUCACCCCACCCCUUCCCUAUAUGUUUUGGCUUUCUGGUAGCUUUAGAAUUUUGUUGAGAAUAAAAAGAAUUCUCUACUUUUUAAUGGAUAUCUUCACUAGGAGAACAACGAAUGAAGAAAACCAGAAGCGUGUAAUCUGCAGAUGAUUAACUUGAAACUUUUUUUUUCCUUUGACAAGUGAAUGAAGUUUGGUAUUUGCACAACAUCCGAAUCAAUAGCGGUCCGUCAUCUUUACUGUAAGAAACUUGAUGUCUGGAAAAGUUGUUGUACAGCUAUUUUUUUCAGAUGGUGUAAAAUUAUUGUUGUAAUAUCUCAGCAGUGUAUAUUCCUCUGUCAUCCAGCUAACAGUCUUGAUUUCAUGAGAGAUUGAUGUGUAAAAAAGUUAAAAAAAGAAAAAAAAAAAAAAGUGUUAUGGUUUCCAGUAGUUUAAUUCUUUUCUUUAUUUAAAACAAGGUUAGAAUGGUGUGUUAUCAAUGUAGUAAGUGUUGUCUGAGCUGAAGGAAAGCAUGGUCCUUCUUCCACCCUUUGAUAGAAGUGAUACAUCAGCUGGAACACCAGACAUCUGAACACCUGAGGUACACAAUGUUCCAUUUGUUUCUAAUCAUGCUGAAUUGCAGACCCACACUGCACCUUUUUCUUCAUUCAGUUAGUGCUUCUGGUGUGGUAGGCAGCUGCUGUAGCCUGAAAGACAGCUCUGCAGGAAGAAAAGGGGAAGAGUAUUAAGGGCAUCUGCCAAGGAAUAGAGCAACUGAGUGAGGUGGAAGGGAAGACAGGGCAGACAGCCUCCCUUUACUUAGGGAGAUGCCUCCUUUCGCAGAGGAAGCAAAGAAGUUGAAAUGCAUGCCCAUCACAAUGCUGUCAGACUUUUAUGUGCCCAGUGCUCCCAAAGAAGAAGUUGUCUGCAGGUUUCAAAGGGGAAGAAUUGAACCUGAAUGCAAAGGGAUGUCAGAAGUUAAAAAUAGCUUCUCUUCAGGUGUAGCUGAUUCUUCAACACCUGCUGUCAGCGCCAUCUCCUGGUGCUUGGUCUGUGAAUUACUGCUUUGUAUGCCAUGAAGUAUUGGUGGCUGUUUCAAACACAUACUUGAAAGUACCAUGUAACAGCCCACUUAUGUACUAAAAGACUUUAAGAGCCUUCAGAAUAUUAUUGAAGUAUAAUGUAAAUAUAUGCAGCUUUCCCCUGCCUGCCAGUGCUGUCCUGUUUAAGCUGUUCUCAAUAUGUGUCUGGAGGAUGGUGGUCAUCUCAUGGCUGUCUUUAGGAACAGCUAAUUUUCCUGGUCUAGAAAGGCUCUGUAUUCUGUACAUUCCGGUAAUAAAUUAAAGGAGGAGUUGUGUGGAGAGGGUUUAUGAAGCUUAAAAUAAUACUACAUUGCUGCUUCAAUUUUGACUUUUUUCCUAAUUGUUCUUAGUGCUUAGUUUUGGGUUGUUCUGGUUUCAUAAAUACAGUAGGUGAUAUUGGAGAGUAAAUGUGCAUCACUAAGAAAAUACUGAAAAUGUUACCACUUCAGAAGCUCUCAUGUCUCAUAACAUGAAUUUGGUUGAGCAGUCAAAAGACAGAUCAGCAGAUUGUAUGGUUUGAGUAAAGUUUUUCUAUCAUAUUAAUACUUUAAUAAUCUAUUGAAGAUUGUGAUUUAGGGAAAAACAACAAAACAAAACAAAAAACAACCAAUACAAACCUUGAAAUUCACUUCAGAAGUGUGGAUUGACUUUCAGAACCUCAUCCUUAAGGAAGGCAAUAGAACAUGUUAAGUCUGACCUUAGUUCUUGGGGUGGAGAGUGUAGCCUCCCUCAGGGAAGAUCUGACUUGCACAUCAGUAUACAAGAAAUGCUGGACUUUUCUGAUAUGUUGAAAUGGAGCAUUUAAAAAAUUCUAUCCUUGA